UGUAUGUAAACAUCGAUCCUUGGCUUUCGUGGCCUGUCAACCAGGAAAAUCCAUUCUAACGUUAAAAAAUCGUCCUGUCAAAAUGGCAUUUCUUUCAGGAUUGAAACAAGUUAAAUAUUCUUUCAUGGAGAGUAUCAAGAAUUCUACAAGAAAUUUCAAUAACCAAAGGCAGAACAUCGGUAAAGUUGUAAGUAGGUCUCCUGUAGAAGAUCAGCCAAUUGUCGCCAAGCGAAGAACUUCUAUGCCUGGAGUUUCGGUGGCAACGUGGGUCAAUUUCCGUAGUUUUCAUUGUACUGGUGCGCGUGCCAGUGGUGAAGAAGGAAGCGACGUCGUGAGACUAAAGUCAUGGCCAUUUGAACUCGAAACGCCUUUCGGAAAGCUUUUGGUUAAAGAUUUUCCAUUUCCCACUCGUAUUGUGCCAACUAAUCCUCAUGACUAUCCAGCAGGAGACAGAGUAUUUGUUCAUUUAUUAGCUUCUUCUGUUUCCUCUGACGAGUCUGAUGCUAGAUUGCCAUUGGAUCCUUCUUCUUUUGCAGAAUCCAUUUCAAAUAUUUCUUGCUUGUCAAAUGAAGAACAAGGAAUUACAAUCUCUCAUGAUGGUUGCUCAGGCAUGCUGCCACCCCUGGCUUUAAUUAUUGAAGUACCAACGUGUUAUGAUGUAGAUGUGUCAACUAAAGAUGAAGGCCAUAUUUCUGUUGAAAACCUGGAAAAUGAAAUGUGUUACAUAAAUACCAACAAGGGAGACAUCACACUAAAGAGUAUGAAGUCUGCCCAUGUAAAUGUCGAGUCAACAAGUGGAAAUAUCAGCUGCCUAAAAGCGUUGCAGGGAAGUGGAGUGAUUAAAACUAGAAAUAAUGGGACAGUGAAUGCUGAUAGGAUCCAGGGCCUUGACUUUGAAUUCUCCACCGAGUCAGGAGAUGUUCACAUCAAAGAUAUUUACACUAGGAAAUCUCAGGUGUGCAGUCAUACAGGAUCAGUUCACAUAAGUAAUAUGCAUACUGACUGCAAGAUAACCACAGGAGGAGAUGUUUUUACUGGUUGUGUACAAGGUUCCAUGUCAGUUAGUCUUCCAGGCCAAGCUACAUUUAAAGGCUAUCUAUCCUGCCAUGAUGAUAUCAAUAUUGAGACUGAUAAAGGAGACAUAGAGAUAAAGUUACCCGAGGAGUGUGUAUCACACAUUGAUCUAAGUGGACAUCAGGUUGAUAUAGAUAGUGCUCUAGUAUUUCUUACUACCCAACCAUCUGAUCAUCAGCAGGUGAUAGGUGAGCUAAAUGGUGGUGGUGUUGAUGCAAAGAUCAUUGCCAAGUCUAAAGAAGGUAGUAUUACUGUGAAGACUCAAUCUUGGUUUGAUUCUUUGGAAUUAGGAACCUGAAAGCAACAGUUAAUAAUCUGUGUUUCUUCUAGAGUGUGUGAUAGAGAUAUCUAUAUCAGGUCUAAAGAGAGCUGUAUAACUUUGAAGAUAUUUAGAUAUAACUCUGGCAUGUCAUGAUUAUGGUUGAAUGUUUUAUACCUUGAAAUGAGUUUAGGCCAUUUACUAAGGAGGCGUUGGUCUAGUGUCAAAGACUACAGGAUCUAAAGAGCUUGGUAAUUAAUGAUGUGCUUAUAUUAUAAUGAAGGUGGCAAAGUCAAAUAGACAAAAGAAACUAUUACUUACGUAUUUUACUUGGAUGUAGAGACUUAAAGCUUGAAGCUUAUUAGCCUCUCGUCACAUUGGGUUGUCUCUGGUAUGAUAAAUAUUUCAAUGGAUAGAGUUUCCAGUGCUUCUGAAUUGCAGAUAUAAAUGCAUUUAUACUAGUAGCAGAAACUGCUUCCUCUGGCAAAGCAUUCCAGUUAUUAAUGCUUCUAGCUGUAAAAGCAUAUUGCUGUGUCUGUAAUCUACAUCUGCAUUUCCUAAAUUUCAUACUGUGGCUUUCAUGGUCUUUAAAUUGUCAUUGAGAUGGAAAAGGCCACUCAGAUCUAUCCGAUGAAUACCUCUUGUGAUUUUGAAGAUUUGGAUUAAUUACUUGAUGCAAGUCCCUCAAAAUUGCAUUUCUUCUUUUUGUCUCCCCUGUACUAAGUUUGGCAGAGACCUAGUGAUCACUUUUUGUCUCACCAAGGGGCCAUUUCAUAAAGCUGUUUGUACGAUAAGAGCGACUUUAAGAAUGACUGGUGAACCUUUCUUACACACUUAACCAUCGCUAAUGUAUGUACCAUAUUUACCACAUGGAAGGAUCACCAGUCGUUCUUAAAGUCGCUCUUAACUUACAAACAGCUUUAUGAAACACCAACCUGCAUAGCAGAGUGAGACUAAAGGCGCCGCUUUUCAGACAAGACUCACGGUUCAUGAACCAUCUUGUUUCAUAUUUGUAUACCACCAAAGAUUGACCUAAGCUAUAUUUUGUAAAUUGUGUAUAUUUAUUAUGACUUGAAAAGAUCCAAUUUAGUUGGAAAUAUUGAAGUUUUGUUUUAGAAUAAUGGAAAUAUAAUUACGUUGUCUCACCUGCAUAGCAGAGCGAGAAUAUAGGCACCAGCUUUCAGACGACGGAAAGCAGCGACGGCAGCAUCAAAAUUGAAAUCUUAAAUGUCAUAACGUUCAAAGUUUAUGGACCCAGCUCAAUAAAACUGGGACAUAAGGGUAAUGGUGUAUCACUGAAAAUCCUGCAUGAGUUUCAGGCCACAUGUCCCAAAUUCAAAAGUCACUUAUUAUCAUAUGAAUGGUGUUUUUUGUGAAUAUUUAUUCAAUAGUUGUUUUCAAAGUCAGCACUGCUGCUACAUUGAAUCACAUAAUGCAGGCGAGACUGCCAGAGGUGUUCCACUUGUAUUUUUAUAAUUUUGUCAUCACUUUGUAAGGCAAAUUGAUAUUAGUGCCUUAUGAAUUCCUGUCUUAUAUUUGUUAAAAAUAUUUGUUUGCAAUUUCUACUCUUUGUGCUAUAAUGUAAAUUGAUUAUUUACAAAAUUUAUAAUUGAUGAUAAUAAUUAUUUGCCUACUUAUGCAUGUUAUAAAUCAAAUCUCUAAUGGUCAUUGGGUACAUCUUGCUCUCAUAAAGGCCUGGUCACACCGCCCGAGCGUUGUUGGAGCGGUCGCGGAGCAGUAGGGAGAGAGGGUCGAAAUUUGCUCA